AUGGAUGUGCUGGGAGGAUUGCUGGGGCACCAGUGGACAGGCUCUGUGCUCGCAGCGCCCACACCGUGGCUGGGCCUGGCCAGCAUGGCAGUCACUCAGGGUGGGCCCAACACUCAGGUGGUGGGAGGUCACUCCCAGGACUCUGGCGUCAGGAGCAGCAGCCAAGCGGGCAGGGAGGACCUUAACCCAGCGGUCCUGUAUCCAUGGAGACAGAGGAGCAGUGGAGGUCUGAGCAGGGUGAAGAGGGACUGGAUCAUCCCUCCAAUCAGGGUGCUGGAGAACAGCAAGCAGGUCCCCGAAAACCUGGUCCAGAUCAAAUCAGACAAGAUUUUCACCGGAGAAGUGAUCUACAAGUUGGAAGGACCAGGGGUUGACCAGGACCCUAAGUACCUGUUUGAGAUAGACGAUAAAACGGGCUGGAUCAGGAGCAUGAUUCCCCUGGACAGAGAGAAAUACAGAAGCUUCACGCUGAAAGCCUUUGCCCUGUCGCCCAGUGGAGAGAGACUGGAGAACCCCUCCACCAUUGAGAUCGUAGUGCUGGAUCAAAAUGAUAACCGGCCCAACUUCUCCCAAAAAGAGUUUGCUGGGUCCGUUUAUGAAUUCUCCGUUCCAGGCACAUCUGUGAUGUCUGUGACUGCGACUGAUGCUGACGACCCAACCACAGACAAUGCUAUCCUGAGCUACUCUAUCAUUGACCAGGAGAGCAUCCCGCCUCUCCGCAUCAAUAAGACCAUGUUUGGCAUAAACAACGAGACAGGGGCCAUUUACACACGAGACGUGGGUCUAGACUGGGAGGUGGUUAAAGGUUUUAGGUUGAAACUGCAGGUUGCUGACAUGUCAGGCAUGGGGUUAACCAGUCUUGCCAAUGCAGUCAUACAUGUGACUGACAUCAACAACAAUCCCCCACGAUUCUCCCCAGACCUGUACACUAUGUCAGCUGUGGAGAACAAAGUAGACUUCGUGAUUGGCUGGGUCAACGCCACAGACAAUGAUGAGCCAGGGACAGGAAACUGGGAGACAAAAUACACCAUCGCCAAGGGCAACCCCUCUAGGAACUUUGCCAUUCGCACAGACCCUGUGACCAACGAGGGUAUUCUGUCAGUGGUGAAGGCUCUGGACUACGAGACCCAAGAGGUGUAUACUUUGACUCUGACAGUGGAGAAUGUGAACCCUCUCAGCAUCAAGGCCCCCAAGGACCCCGUAAGCAGUGCCACAGUGGUGGUGACCGUGGUGAAUGAGAACGAGGCCCCACGCUUCAAUAAAGACCCCAUUGAGAUCGUGGUUCUUGAGUCUGUGGUCCCUGGCACCGUGCUGGCCAGUAACAUCGCCUACGAUCCUGAUAAUGCAAAACUCAAGUAUGACAUACUCAGAGAUCCUGAGGGAUGGCUUAUAAUCAAUCACGAGACUGGAGAAAUCACAGCCAGGAAACCGUUCAAUGUCCGCUCCCCUCACGUCAAGAACAACAUUUACAAUGCAGUCAUCAGAGUCACAGACACAGAUGCUGGUGGAAUCUCGACCACAGCGUCUCUGGUGAUCACUUUGCGGGAGACCAAUGACUUCCUCCCUCAGCUGUUCCCCCUGAUGGGGACGGUGUGCAGCGAGUCAGUUCGGGAGACAUCUGGUCUGUUCCUGAGUGCUGUGGAUGAGGACCUGCCCCCUCAUGCUGAACCCUUCACCUUCCAACUGCAAGACAUCAAUGUGUCUGCCAACUGGACCAUCAUACAGGUCAAUGAGACUCAUGCAGCGCUGCGACCCCUGGUAGAGCUGGAGACAGGGGAAUAUGCUGUCACUGUGUUGGUGACUGACUCUGGCACCCCUAGUCUCAGUGCAUAUGCUCAGGUCAAUGUGACUGUGUGUCCGUGUGGGAAAGACGGUGAAUGUAAGACCGAAGCUGCUGCCAUAUUCGGAACACGAGUUGGUGUCAGCUUCAUCGCCUUACUGGUCAUCAUGGCCAGCAUCGCACUCCUGCUAUUGCUGCUGCUCCUGGCUGUAGCCGUGGGUAACUGCAGACGGCAUCAUAUGAAGAAAGGAGAGGGGCUGCUGGUGGGGGAGUCAGACGAAGACAUCCGUGACAACGUCCUGAACUAUGACGAGCAGGGUGGUGGAGAGGAGGAUGAGAAUGCCUUCAACAUUGACCUACUGUGGAACCCAGUGGAUGUGGGACCACUCCCAACAUCCUUCUACCCUCCCAUCUCUGGCAUCCCCAGGGGAAAGCAGCCACUCAGGAAAGACUACCCAGACAACCUGCCCUCCCCCUCAUAUCCACGGAAACCCCCAGCGGACCCCACUGACAUUGAGGACUUCAUCAAUGAUGGCCUGGAGGCAGCAGACCAUGACCCCAACGUCCCUCCCUAUGACACAGCUCUGAUCUAUGACUACGAGAGUGAUGGUUCCCUGGCAGGCAGCCUGAGCUCCAUCGCCUCAGCCAGCUCAGACGGCGACCAGGACUAUGACUACCUCAACGACUGGGGACCACGCUUUAAGAAACUGGCCAACAUGUACGACCCACGCUAA